UGUGAGCAUCAUGAAUCUUAUUUUGAUUGCAAAAUUGUCAUAAAAUCUCUGUACAGUGUUAGUUUCAAAACAAAUUAUUGAUAAUUGUUAUGUUUAUAAGUGUAACGUUAUAGUUAUCCAAGUGGAGCUAAUAAAGAAAUUGCUUGCCAUGGCCGGCCCGUCCGACGGCGACUCCGACGGAUGGGUCGAGUUCUGCGAGCGUCAGGCUAAAACUGCCGCUCAGGACUUUGCCAAGGCUUGCGUGCAAUAUAUCCAGACCAGUACCAGCGAAGGUACGGCAAGGCCUUACACAUCACAAAAGGAAUUGCUAAAGAAAUUCGUUGAAUGUUUCUCAGAGCAUUUCGAUUAUGAAUUCGGAAAGUUGAAAGCACAGCAUAAAUUACCGAAUGGUACGCAUACAGGCCACGACGAGAGUGACUAUUCAGAAGAUACAGAAUCGCCCAAAACUCAUCACAAACCUUUCUUUAGAAGGUUAUCAUUUAAAGGUUUACGACGUGGUAAGGGUCUUUUCCAAAAACAGCAUUCUGAUGAGGUUGAGUUAUCGUCUAAUUUGAACAAACAUAAUAAAACAAAGUUAGCUAAGAUAGUUGUUGAAUGUAGAAAAGAGGGUUUAGUGAAUUAUUUAACUCCUGAAAGCUUGGAGCAACCAGGAGGCCCACAAAAAUGGGAGAAAUGUAGACUAGCUCUAGUUAAAACGGUUGGCGGGUACAUGUUGGAGUUUUAUUCCCCGCCUAAAGCUCAAAAACCUAGAAGCGGUGUGUUUUGCUUCCUUAUAUCUGAGGCAAGAGAAACCACACCAUUAGAAAUGCCGGAUCAUGAAAAUACUUUUGUAUUGAAGGCUGACAAUAAUAUGGAAUAUGUAAUAGAAGCGGCAGACGUUGACGAUAUGAAAUCUUGGUUAGCAACAAUAAAAUACUGCAUGCGAUCAGCACCCACCACACAGCCUCCGCCAGACACGCUAGCAGGAAUGCCAGAACCAGCGCCCCCUGACCUUCCACCGCGACGCGACCUACCUUCUAGUACUAGUAAUGCAGAUUUAACUACUGACACUCCGGAAGAGGCUGAAUUAGGUUCAAUAGCAGAAGAGGGUUGCGAGUCACCCCCACGGGUAUCCCUAGCGGAAUGGCCCUGGUUCCACGGCACACUGGCCCGCGCGGCGGCCGCGGCGUGCGUGCUGGCGGGCGGGACAUCGGCGCACGGGUGUUACUUAGUGCGACAGAGUGAAACACGGCGUGGGGAAUACGUGCUGACGUUUAACUUUCAGGGGCGUGCGAAACACCUGCGCAUGACGCUCAGCGACUCGGGCCAGUGCCGCGUGCAGCACCUCUGGUUCCCCAACGUGCACGAGAUGCUCGAGCACUUCCGCGCGAACCCGAUCCCGCUCGAGUCGGGCGGUGCUGCUGACGUCACGCUCACCGAGUACGUCGUGUGCCAGGACGGCGCGAGGCACCAAUUGGAGGUGUCCCACGGUAGUGACGUCAGAAUGCGUCGCGCGGAAAUGGAGGCGCUGUUUCACGCUACAAGCAGUCCGCAAGACAACAGAGCGGUGGACAACCAAUAUGUACUGUGUAAUAUACGACCCUCCACUUCUGAUAGGAAUGGUGCUUCAAGGGAUUAGACAAAAUCCUAUGUGUAGGUUGGAAAUGCUAGUAAA